AAGAAACCAGCCACUCUUUUCUCUCCGAUUGCCCCGUCCCGAUCCCACCAUGUGUAAGGAAAUUUGUACCAUGGCUUUUCUGCGGGCCAUCACGGCCGAGUUCCUAGCCACCAUGAUCUUCGUCUUCUUCGGCCUCGGCUCAGCCCUGAAGUGGCCCUCGGCCCUGCCGAGCAUCCUGCAGAUCUCCCUGGCUUUCGGCCUGGCCAUCGGCACCUUGGUCCAGAUGUUCGGUCACGUCAGCGGUGCGCACAUCAACCCAGCGGUGACCAUCGCUUUCUUGGUGGGGAACCACAUCUCCUUCCUUCGGUCGGUGUUCUACGUGGUGGCCCAGCUGGUGGGGGCCAUCGCUGGGGCAGGCAUCCUUUACCUGGUGACCCCGAUCAACACCCGUGGAAACCUGGCCGUCAACGCGCUCAACAACAAUACAUCCCCAGGCCAGGCACUGGUGGUCGAGAUCAUCCUCACCUUCCAGCUGGCGAUGUGCAUCUUUGCCUCCACGGAUAAACGCCGGACCGACGCCAUAGGCUCCCCAGCAUUGUCCAUCGGCCUGUCGGUCACCCUGGGUCACCUGGUUGGGAUCUACUUCACCGGCUGCUCCAUGAACCCAGCCCGAUCCUUUGCCCCUGCCGUGGUAGUGAAAAGAUUCAGCACCGCUCAUUGGGUCUUCUGGUUCGGACCCAUCAUCGGUGCAAUCCUGGCCUCCCUGCUUUACAACUACUUCCUGUUCCCCUAUUCACUGAACGUCUCCGAGAGGGUAGCCAUCGUGAAAGGCACCUACGAGCCGGAAGAGGAGUGGGAAGAGCAGAAGGAGCAAAGGACAAAGUCCAUGGAGCUGACCUCCCCGUAAGAGCGAUGGCUGGAAGGGAAAAACCAAAGAACAAGCCAAGACUCUCAAUCUGUGGCCUCACCACCCAAAGACCAAUAGUCUCUAUAUGCAAAAGAAGGGUGCAUGUGAUAUCUGUGUAUAUACCCUGCGACUGCGAGGGUGACUGAUACAAAUAUUCCUGGCCAAAGAAUAGAGACCCACACCCAGCAGAAUGGGUCCCACCAACAUCGGCCUCAUAAGGUCUUGUCAAUGGCUGGGAUGUGCCAGGAUUUUUAGCAUUAUGCAACUGUGCCUUAAUUACUUGUCUUUGUCUUUGGGACGAGCUCCAGAUCCGAACAUUUCCCCCCGAUCCAAACAGCCCCAGACUUUUUUUUUUUUGGAGGGGGGGAGGCAUCGGUGGAGGUGAUAACCUGGUCUGAAUUUCACAGCCCACCUCAACCUGGUCUGAAUUUCACAGCCCACCUCAAAUGGGUGUGGGUGAUUUCCACUGAUUUUUCUUUUAAUGCUCCACGGGUACCCCGACGGGGUGGCGGGCAGCGUUGUUGUAGCUGUGUUGGUCCCAUGAUAUUAGAGAGAUAAGGUGGGUGAGGUAAUAUUUUUUUACUGGACCAACGUCUGUGGGUGAGAGAGAGCAGCUUCUGAGCUACACGGAGCUCUUCCUGAAGAAACCCAGAUGUGAAAAACAUUCUGUGCACCUCAAAAGCUUGUCUCUCUCAGCCAUUACCUCGCCCACCUUGUCUUUCACUUACAGGGUCAACAUAACAGGGUCCCCACGUGAUCCUGGAUGAUGGGAACAUGGACCGUCCUCUGUAGGGUCAAGGAGCCAUUCAGUAGCUGUUUGUGGGGUGGGGUGGGGUGGGAGUUUAACAAGGGUGGGUAUCUCUUAAAGAGAGCCUGACCUGAAGGGAUUGGAUCUCCCAUUUCUGUGGCCCCAUAAUUGGCUUUGGGAGGUGUC